AUGACCGAAAACGCCCCAGUAAGUCCAAUACCCCACACGACCUCUCCGCCAUCUUCUCCGCCCUCGCAUUCUCAAAUACUGCCCACAAUUCAAAGGUUUCUCUUCUGCGCUCAACACCCUCAAUCCACUGCUCUCAAUCCACCAGACUUAAUUGCUCAUAAUACCCGCCAGACAACGACCGAAUCCGUCGCGUACCCGCCUACUUCCCACCCGAACUUCAAUCCUUCCUCGUACUAUACGCCCCCAGACCCAGCACCAGCACCACAUCCACCACCAUCAGCAGGACACCCACGAAGCCUCUUCCGAACGCCAACUCCAAACCCAAACCCAAACCCAUCGAUAUCAACGCCAACGCCAAUGGCCAACGAAAACGCCCAAAUGUCCUCGUCCGGCGCCGGCGCCGCACACACCCCAACCGCCGACUCCGUCGCCUCAACAGUGCGGCCCGGCGGCGCCCCAGCGCGCGUCUACAUGAACGAGAAGAUCGUGCCGUAUUUGCUGGAGGGGAUGAAGACUGUUACGAAGGAGCAACCUGCGAAUCCCUUGCGUGUGUUGGGCGAGUUCCUUAUCCAGAAGAGUAAUGAGGUUGAGGGGCAGUCCGGGAGGGCGCCGGAGUAG